AUGGCAGAAGUUAAAGUUGAGAUUGUAUCCCUAGGCAGCAUAAAGCAAUUAUCUGCAACUCCAAAUCACCUUAAACACUUCCAAAUUUCUCUCCUUGAUGCGAUAGCUACUCCUCCUUCUUUUUAUCUUCCUAUUGUUCUCUUCUACUUCGCUUUUGAUCAUGAUUUUUCCAAACUAUCUCAAAAGUUGAAGACUUCGCUAUCUCAAAUUCUCGUUCCCUAUUACCCAUUCAAUGGAAGAAUCAAAACAAACAAAAGCAAUCUCUAUGUUGAUUGCAAUGAUGAGGGUGUCCUUUACCUUGAAGCUGGAGUACCCUCAAAGCUUUCAUAUUUUCUCAAGAAUAAUACCAACCAACAACUCAAUAAGAUUAAAGGGUUUCUUCCAUUAGAUCCCUAUAAGCCUAAACUAGAUGAUGAAGAAGAUUGUCUAAUAAUGGCUGUUCAGGUUACUGAGUUGGGCUGUGGGGGUAUAGCAAUUGGUGUGUGUAUCUCACACAAGGUUUGUGAGGCAACAUCAGUAGCUUCAUUCCUCAAAGCUUGGCCUCAAAAGGCAAUGGAAGAAGGAAGUGAAGUGGCCUCUUCUUCACCUCUUAAUAUGGAAGCUUCUUUGCUUUUUCGCCCAAGGGCAUAG